GAUGUUAAAGGAACAUUAAGAAAUAUGUGAUUAAAUUUAUUUAUUCUUAUGUCAAUUUUGCAUAAUAUUUAACUAUAUAUUAUACUUUGAUUAUAACAUGAUGUUAUCUUGCAUCUUGAACAAAAAAGAAAAUUUUUAUUAUUAAAUAUAUAUAAUAAUUUUAAAUAUUUUAAAUCUUGAUAUAUAAAAUAUUUGAAAUAAUGAAACAAAUUAUUCGAAACAACAAAGACGAUUUACAGGCUAUAGCAAUUUGUAAUUAUAUGUGAAGUUAAAAACAAAAAAUUAUCAAGAAUAAUCACGUUUGAUCAUUUUGUAAGUGGAAUACAUACAUGUUUACAAUUCAGUGAACAUCUAAUUGUGUAGCGAUGAGUGUGAAAAUUGUUGUCAGUGUGACGGAAAUUGCAGACAUGAGUUCUAAGGAUCGUUAUGUCAUUGAAGGGAUAGCUCUUUCCACGGCCGCCGAGGAUAUGGGAGAUGGAAUUCAAGGGCACGAUAAUGACACCGAAUCCUUGCAAUUGUUGUCGCAUCUUGAUCCUCCUGUUGACAGCGUGUACAUGAUAUGUGGUGUAUUGAUCGCUUUGGUGUUAGUCGGUGUUAUCAUCGUUCUACUAGCUGUAACGAUCAGCAAAUUGCGGAAACGAGAGGAUCAUUCGAAUGCGGUACAUCCGGAAGCAGCCGUAGUUCAAACGGCAACAUCGCCGGUUUCGACGAUCGUCGCUCCGUCUUAUCCUGGCGAAGGUUGUUGCACGCAAACGUCAGUGACUACCACAUCGACGGAUCUGGGAAAUAACACAGCUGUUGAACAGGAUAACGUCUAUACCACCGCCAAUCCGGCAGAUCAAUUCGUCUGGCAGUUUCCGCCUCCUUAUCCACCGCCUCACACACCGACACAGUAUACGUUGUACAACGACCAGGAUACACUUGUACACGCUCUACCGUCGGAUAGGUCUGGAUUUGCAAAGGGCUUCCGCAAAAAUAUCGGAGGACGCUGGCGUCGCUUGGUAAAAAGGAAGCCGGAGUCGGAGACUUGUGCCAUUCCUCCUGAAUUAAAGGAUCAACUGAAAACAAUUUACGUCUAUUGACGAUCAGCGUUAAUGCGCCGUUGUCUGUAUUUUUAUAAUUCUUCCUCGGUUAUCGAUGAUUUCUUCUAUGUAAGAUAGUAAUUAUAUCGAGAAAGAUGUAUAUGGUACGAAUGACAAAGAAUAAAGAAAAAAACGCGUAAUGGGAUAGUUCAUCGAAAAAAGACAAAGGGAAAAUAAUAUCGAAUAUAUAUUUGUUCGUAGCAAAAAUAAUAAAAAAUACUAAAUAGUUUAUAUUAUAGUAAUUUUUAAUAGAAAAUUUCGAAAGUAAUUUAGAAAAAAAAAUGAAAUUCAAUAAAAUUCGUACUUUUUGUGAAACAUAUCAACAAGUGCCUAAAGAUGUUUGGUCAAGUUAAAAAUAUAUAUAAAAACAAAAUUAUGUUCUUUUGAUGAUGAAUAUUUUUAUGAAAAUAUAACAUCGAAGUAAUUAUAAUUUGAAUCAUAAUUACAUAAAAUAUAGCAAUAUUUAUAAAGACAUAUAUAGGGAAACAAGAAAAAAAAUUUUAUUAUUAUAGAUUUUAUUACGAUUUAUCGUCGAGUAUUUUAACAUGUCUUGAAAUAUCAUCAAUAAGAAACAAAAGAAAAUUUUUAAAUAGCUGUCCCGCGUAAGUAUCUAAUUGCUCGGCUAUGCAAAAAAUUAAAAGUUACUAGGCUUUGAUAUAUUGGACAAUGGCGUCAAGAACUCUAUGAGACUGAACGUAAAGAGUACGACAACACGAGUUACCUCGUAGCUUUUCUUGAAUAUGUUCUUUCAUGAAUAAUACAAAAAAAUAAUUUCAAAUCACUAGUAUUAACAUAUACCUGAAAUUUUAUAAUCUUCAGAAUUGCCAAAACUUCUGUAUCUAUGUCUUUUUUUUGGCAUUUCUGUUGUAUAUGUAAAUAGAUGUAUAAAGCAGUAAAAAUAUGAACUAUUUUUAAUUCUUAUAAUGGCUGAUUGUUCAAGUAAAAUUCUAAAUUUUUCUUUAUCAAUAUUAUUUAAAAAACUUAAAUGUUACACAAAGAAACGAAAGAAUAUCAAUUAAAAGUUACAUUCGAAAUAAUUAUUUCUUAGAUAUAUUAUAGAAUAAUUAUUUCUUAAUCUUUCAAAAUGAAAAUGACGCAUUUCGUAUAUACUUGUGACAUAGGCCAAUUUAAGAUUCUUAAUAUUAUUCAGCAGCUCAUAUUGAGCUCAUAUACUAAUAUGGUAUUUUAGUUGUAUUGUUGUAUCAAGCAAUACUUUUUCUUGAAAUGUACUAAAAUUUAAUGGGUUAAAUAAACAAAAAAAUUUGUAUAUAGUCAUUCUUCAGACUAAUUGAUUCCGGAUAUAAAUCGAAAAAGAUGUAAAUCGAGGAAUGACUGUAUGACAUUGUGCCACGUUUUAUAUUAGCGAAGCUGUUUGGUUUUGUGCUAAAUGUAUUCUUUUUGCACUUGCAAUUUUAUACGUGCGUCAAAAUUGAUAAUUUAUAUUUAGAUGCAAAUGGAAAUAAUAUAUAUAUAUAUUUAAAAGAAAAAAAAAGCAUUAAUUGUAUCAACGUUUCUUUGAUAGCUCGAUUUUUUAAUUCCUUAUUGUAACUUUCUAGAAUGUAAAUAUAUUAUUGCAUUGUUUGUUUAUUAUGAAUGUGAUGGCAUAAUGUUUAAACGUGAAAGGAAUAGAUAGUUUAAGGAUCAAUAACGUGCCUACGAUUUUUAUAAAAAUGAAAUACUGAUGCAAUUGCAUCCUUCACCUAGUCACUUGAUAAUAAUUGUUCAAAACUUGUAUUUUAAACUUUUUGCCGCAGCUUGGAUCUUUCCUCGUGAAUAUCUAUCUGAAUACAACAAUAUCAAAUAAAGUAUUCAAAAGGAUAUAUA